UCUCUCUCUCUAUCUUCACUUCUUCAGCAAUGGCGUCUUCUUCCGACGACGAGGGGGAGGAGUACCUCUUCAAAAUCGUCAUAAUAGGCGACUCCGCCGUCGGAAAAUCCAACCUCCUUUCCCGCUACGCCAGAAACGAGUUCAGCCUCCACACAAAGGCCACCAUUGGGGUCGAGUUCCAGACGAAAACGCGCGAAAUCGACGGCAAGGAAGUCAAGGCUCAGAUUUGGGACACCGCCGGCCAGGAGAGGUUCCGCGCCGUCACAUCCGCCUACUACCGCGGCUCCUUCGGCGCGCUCGUCGUCUAUGACAUCUCCAGGAGAUCCACCUUCGACAAUAUUCCCCGAUGGCUCGAUGAACUCAAGACACAUUCCGACACAGCAGUUGCCAAGAUUCUUGUGGGGAACAAACUAGACUUGGACAAUAUCAGGGACGUGACCGUGGAGGAAGGCAAGAAGCUCGCCGAAUCAGAAGGAUUGUUUUUCAUGGAAACCUCGGCACUGGACUCGAGAAACGUUGAGAAGGCUUUUGAUUUAGUCAUCCACGAUAUUUAUAACAAUGUAAGCAGGAAGGUCUUGAAUUCAGACUCGUAUAAAGCACAAUUGUCUCUCAACAGAGUGUCCCUCGACCAUAUCCACGAUGACACUAAUGAACCAAAGCAAAAGGGAGGAUCAUCUUGUUGCUCCAGCUAAGCAAAAUGAUCAAUCAAAAGCCAUGGCAUUACAUUCUUGAAUAUGGUUCUAUUUUCAUUGAAAGGGAUCCUACAAUGACCAAAUACUUAUGUUUUUUUUUUAAAUAUUGAAUUGAAUGGUGCUCUUCUAUACUUGAAACUUCUUUUGUCUGAAGUGUAAAUUAUACUCUUACAACAUUUAUUUAUAGAAAUCACACAACAGUUGUUUUAAUCA